AUGGACCUUGAAAUUAUCAAGAAAACCAGACAAAAUAUACUAGACAGACUACCACUACACAUCCUCAACGCUAUUUUGUCCAAGAUACCUUUUAAACACAUAUUUUUGUUUAUUUCAUCCACCAAUCCAAUUGUUAAAGCAACAUAUUUUGAAUUAUUAUUUCAAACUGUUGAAUUGAAGUCAUGGUAUCUUAAUGACUACAAUAAAACUGAAUAUGAGUACAUCACUCCAAAUUCUUGUUUAACAUUAAACCUCAAAGAUUCUACGCUUUUCAAAGAAUAUUCGGGUCAAUUCUCCACAAGUGUCUAUCUCAGAGUAGUUGUUCCUGAUCCAGAUCUAUUAGAUCAACAUGAAAAUUUAAUCAAUGAAUAUGUUGGUUAUACUUUAGCUGGGUUAACAAAAUUAGAAUUGAAAGGAGUGAAACUGUCGAAACUUGAAUAUGAUGUGUCAAAACUAAUCAAUUUAAAACACUUCAAAUUGGAGAUAAAUACUUGGUCCACAUUGGAAAACAUCAAAUUUCCUAACAGUAUAAAAUAUUUGGAUAUAUCAUUCAAUUAUAUUACAAAUAUAAAUAAUUGGUUAUUUCCAAAUAACUUGGUUACUUUGAAAUUAGAUAAAAAUGAAAUAAAUGCAUUUGAAAAUUUGAAUGGGUGUGAAAAUCUAGUUCAGCUAGAUCUUGGUUGCAAUUCUAUUUUAAAUAUUGAUGAUGUAUCCCAAUUCAAAAAAUUAAGGUGUCUCUAUUUGCAAUCAAGUUCUAUCAAAUGUAUCACAAAUUUGAACUCAUUAAACUUGGAAGAAUUGUAUCUCAAUAACAACUUGAUUAAAAAUAUUCAAACUCUCAAAAACUUGUCAAAUUUAAAAGUUUUAAAUUUAUCUAACAACUUUAUCCAGAGAAUUGGGAAGCGUUUUGAUGAUUCUGUUAACUUUGUUAGCUUUGAAACAUUAAUGAUAAACGCCAAUAGCAUUGGAUUAUCUGAAGAUUUUCACACCAAAUUAUUCAAUUUUAUAACAACAAAUUUGGCCAGUAACAAAAUAACAAAGAUCGAGAAUUGGAAUAGCUUGACAAACUUGGCUGUGUUAAAUUUGUCAAGAAAUAAAAUCAAUAAAAUUGAAAAUUUGGAGCUAAUGAAAAAUUUAAAAAUAUUUUCCUUGAGGAUGACUAACAAACCAGGAAUAUGA